UUCAAUUUCCUUCUCUCUUCCUUGAGUUCCUUCAGUUUGCGGUUUGCACUUCGCACUUUGCAGUUUGUGCUUCCUCGGACUUCAUCGACUUCUUGUCUCCUCCAUAGGUUUGCAGCGCCCCUAGACCGUGGUCGUCGUUUCUAAUCUGCUUCUUCAGUUCUUCUACUCGGAACUUAUAAAUAGGGUUUUGGCCGUCGAUUCCGUGCUCCAACUCCUGCAUAUGAGCGUGCCUGUUACCUCUGCGCUUGACAUUUACUCGUCGAACCGGUUCCUCGAGUCAGCCAGUCAGUUUUCUGAUGAUUGUUAAACAACAUCUGAGGUUUUAAAUCCUCUAAGUCUGGAUGCUAACCCCUCUAUCAAAUCCAUCAAUGGAUACAUCAAACUACUCAAACACAAAGAAGAGGAAGAAGACCCAUCAAUCUCCAGAGGCGACAUUCCAAUUUGAGCUGAAUUCUUGUUCCAAAAACAAGGAUUUGCGUGGUGCAAUCGCCCUAUAUGAAAUCGCCAUUUUACAGAAAAUAAGAAUUAAUCAGCAUCACUUCAAUGCCUUACUCUACCUCUGUUCCAAUUCUGUCGCUGACAUGUCACUCAAAGACUUAUCUUUGGAUUAUGGGUUUCGUGUUUUUGAUCAGAUGUCAAUUCUUGGCAUCAAUCCUAAUGAGGCUUCAAUCACAGCUGUUGCUAGGCUAGCUGCAGCGAAAGGAGAUGGAGACUAUGCCUUUGAAUUGGUUAAGAGUGUGGGAAAGUACAAUGUUGCUCCUCGAUUGCGAACAUUUGAUCCUGCUUUGUUCUGCUUUUGUGAUCAUUUGGAGGCUGAUAAAGCCUAUGAAGUUGAGAAAGAAAUGGGUGCAGCUGGAGUAAGUCUGGAGGAACAAGAGCUUGCUGCACUUUUGAAGGUCAGUGUGAAGAAAGGUAGAGCAGAGAGAGUUUAUGAAUAUUUACAUAAGCUCAGAAGCUCCAUAAGGUGUGUCAGUGAAUUGACUUCACAGAUUAUUGAAGACUGGUUUCAAAGUGCAGAAGCUUCAGAGGUUGGUGAGCUAAAUUUGGAUCCUAGACAAGUCAAAGAUGGAAUUGGACGGAAUGGAGGAGGGUGGCAUGGGCAAGGAUGGAUUGGAAAAGGGAAAUGGGCUGUAUGCAAACCUAAUAUUGAUGCAAAUGGCCAUUGUUGUUGUUGUCAUGAGCAAUUGGCUUGUGUUGACAUUAAUGAUGAUGAAACAGAGAAAUUCGCUCAGUCUGUUGCUGCCUUGGCAUUGGAACGAGAGGUCAAGGAAAAUUUCAGAGAGUUUCAGGGCUGGCUUGAAGAACAUGCAGACUUUGAAGCUAUAGUGGAUGGGGCAAACAUUGGGCUUUACCAGCAAAAUUUUGCAGAGGGUGGAUUUAGUAUUUCUCAGCUUGAUGAUGUUGUGAGGAAACUAUAUGAUAGGAGUAAAAAGAAAUGGCCGCUAGUUAUCGUGCACAACAAACGUAUGAGAGGGCUGAUAGAAAAUCCAUCUAGCAGAAAAUUGGUUGAGGAAUGGAAGGAUAAUGGUGUACUCUAUACGACGCCAAAUGGCUCUAAUGAUGAUUGGUAUUGGCUCUAUGCUGCUGUAAAAUUAAGGUGCUUGCUUGUGACAAAUGAUGAAAUGCGUGACCACAUAUUUGAACUUAUAGGAAGCAGCUUUUUUAACCAGUGGAAAGAAAGACAUCAGGUUCACUACACAUUUGUUAAAGGAAAUCUUAAACUUCUGAUGCCUCCAUCAUAUUCAUAUGUUAUUCAGGAAUCAGAAAAAGGAUCAUGGCAUGUGCCAGUUGUAACAGGCAAUAGAAAUGAAGAAUCCUCAAGAACUUGGCUUUGCAUUACACGGCCAAGCACCGAUGCUUCUGACGAUGUGAAAACUUGUGAAAAUGGUAAUGUCUGUCAUCACAGUGACUAGAUCUUGAGAGAUAUGCAAGCCAUGGUGAUCAUAGCUCAGAUUUCUCUCUAGUUGAAAAGGAUCAGACAGCAGCUACCCAAGAAAAGGUGCCCUUCCUAAUGUCUCAUAAAACAAGAUGGUUCACGGUAUGAACGGGACGGCAACAUUAUUUAUGCUUCAUGGUUAUCUGGUUUCUGCACUUUAAUGCUCAUGCAAGCUCAAGUUUUGGAAUAGGGUUCAAAUUAGAAAUUUUAUCUUGAAAUAUCUGUUGUGAGGAUAUUUAUAUUUAGUUGUUGGUGAUCUGGGAUAGUGAAAGUAGGUAUUGGGUUCUCAUGCUUUUUCCCUCCAUGACUGAAUGGUCAUGCCCAGAGUGUUAAUUAUUUUUUUGGGGGCCAGAUCCUCUCCUAGUUAAUGUAACUGAAUAAAUUUUUGGGUUUUGAUUCAUUAACUUACUGGAGUCCUAAAUUAUGCGCUUGGUCCGCCUGGUCAAAAUAUGUUUUAUUGAGUCAGUAACACUAAAUUUCUUUUUCA